AUGACUACCAUCGCCAUCACCACUACCAUUGCCACCACCACCGUCAACACCAUCACCAUCAUCACCAUCACACCAUCAUUCACCAUUCCCACCAUUAUCACUUCCAUUCAUAUUAUUCCAGGAAUAUGUGACCCUCAUCACUCCCUUAUCUAUUCACAGGCUAAGGAGAAGGUGUGGUCCCACGCCAGCUUGAAAGAAAGUGUAUUUGCCAAAGGCAGAAGGACCUCGACCCUCCCAGAUGAUGCUCCAGCCCCUCCGGCUCCUUUUCCUCAUCGGAUUGUCACUGCCAAAAAAACCGGCAUCAGCAGUUUUUAUAUUGUGGACAGGUCGGAAAUUCUAGGAGGGGGGCGCUUUGGUCAGGUUCACAAGUGCGAAGAAAAAGCCACGGGCCUGAAGCUGGCGGCCAAGAUCAUCAAGACCAGGACUGCCAAAGACAAGGAUGAAGUGCAGAAUGAGAUCAACAUCAUGAACCAACUGGAUCAUGUGAAUCUCAUCCAGCUCUAUGAUGCCUUCGAGUCCAAGAACAGCAGCAUCCUGGUCAUGGAAUAUUUAGAUGGAGGGGAGCUGUUCGACCGCAUCAUCGACGACAACUACCAGCUGACAGAGCUGGAUGCCAUCGUGUUCAUCAGGCAGAUCUGCGAGGGCGUCAGGCACAUGCACCAGAUGUACAUUCUGCACUUGGACCUCAAGCCGGAGAAUAUCCUGUGUGUGAAUCGGGAUGCUAAACAAAUAAAAAUUAUUGAUUUUGGAUUGGCCCGAAGAUAUAAACCCAGAGAGAAGCUGAAAGUGAACUUUGGAACCCCUGAAUUUCUGGCUCCUGAGAUCGUCAACUAUGACUUUGUCUCCUUCCCCACGGACAUGUGGAAUGUAGGGGUCAUUACCUACAUGCUACUCAGCGGUCUGUCCCCGUUCAUGGGUGACAAUGACACCGAAACCCUGAACAACAUCCUGGCCUGCAAGUGGGACUUGGAGGAAGAAGAGUUUCGGGGCCUUUCCGCCGAGGGCAGGGAGUUCAUCUCCAAGCUGUUGACGAAGGAGAAGAACUGGAGAAUCGGGGCCAGCGAAGCUCUCAAGCACCCUUGGCUCUCAGACCAGCAGCUGCACUCCAGACUGAGCACCCAGGUAACCCGAGCCCAGCCCCUCCUCUCCUUUCCCUGA